AUGGUCAAGAAGCCGACGAAGCCCUUGGUCUCUAAUGACUCCUACGUCAACCGGCUGAGCAGGCAGUGUGACGGACGUCACCCGCAUCACCAACUGGAAGGAGCUGACUGCGCACGCAAGACAGGGCGAUGCACCAGAGUGUUCGCGGAGGCAGUCUUGCAGGCAUGCCGGCACAACAACAUGACCUACAUGAUGGAGCGCGGAGUCUACGCGACCGGCGACUUGAUGGAUCUUAUGGGUGGCGAAUCAGACGAUUGGUUCUACUGCGAGAACGUGGGCGACUCCACCGAGAUACCGGUCGAAAGAAGGGUUGUAGACCUCGAGACCGACAUGGUGGUGCAGGACUUCGAGAAGGCCGAUAUCACCGUGGAUUUGGUCGAGCCGAAGUUGGAUCGCACUGCCGAGCUGACGAUUCAGCCAUGGUGCAAGCCAGAGCCUGUUGCAGAGGACAUCGGAGCCAAGGCCUUCAUGGCAAUGCAGAAUGACAGCGCGCUACGCAAGGCACUGCUGGGCCGCGCCCGAGUGCGCGCCCAUCCGCUCGAGCAAGGUGACCUUUGUUUCUAUUGCAGCCAGCUUAAGAAGGGCUCGAUUAAGAAGUGCGCCUGGUUGGGGCCAGCCGUGAUCGUGGGCAAACAAGGCCAGAGCUGCUGGAUAUCGCACGGUGGCUUCGCCAAGCUCGUUGCUCCAGAACACAUUCGGCCGAUCUUCGAGGGGAACAGCCACCGCCAGCAGAAGAAGAACAAGUUGUGGAAAUGGAGGCGGACGCUGCGGGAGCCCCCGCCGAGAAUGCAUCAGAAGCUCGUGAUGAUGCUGGGCUCUCACCUGCAGAAGAGCUCCCAUCUGGUCAAGCUGAAGCAGACUGGAACCGCGAGGAGUCUCAGCGACGCCGAGCAGUCUACAGUCCACUCGAUGACGUACCACAUUGCAUUCGAGGGAGUCAACAGCAAGAAGAAGCUGCUCGCCGAAUCGCCGGGCGACGAGCCACUCGACAAGCGAACGGAGCAGCGUCCUCAGAGCGAAAGGCUCAGAAAGAAGCUUCAAGACAAAGAGGUCGCUUGGAAGGACAUUCACGAUGAUCGCAAGCCACUUUACUGGAAAACCAUCGCCGAGCACUGGGAGGAGCGGAAGAAGUUUGGUUCCGUGGAAGCGCUUUCACUGGGGGAAUCCCAACAAGUCCGGAACGAAAAAGACAGCAACCGCUUCCUGCCGUCUCGCUUCGUGUUCCGUGGCAAGAAUGUCGAUCUCCGCGCAGAUGCUGACCCCGCGCCUGUGAAGGCCAAGGUCUACCAGGACUUCAGCCAGGACAAGUACUGCGCAUCGUCAAAGGUAUUUUGGGAUUGGAUGUUGUUUCAGCGUUCAGACGGAGCAAUUCGAAUGGGCCAAUCCAUAUUCGCCGAGAAGUUAGAACCGCUCGAGUUGACCAAGGAGCGCAAACGAGAUCUGGGAUGCCCUGCCUUUGAGAUCGAGAUCGCCGGGAACCGGAGCUUGAUUGGCAAUUUGGGUUGGCUCGCUACGCAGGCUCGACCAGAUCUAGCUGCAGGAGUUUCGAUGGCUCAGAGAGUGCAGAACUCUCCGACGGUGGCCGACCUGAUCAAGACGAAUCGCAUCGUGUCCGAGGCCAAGCGUUACAACGAGACCGCCAUUACGAUCCCGAAGCUGCAGGGCGAGCUCUGCAUUCUCGUGUUUCAUGGUGCUGCAUGGGCCAACGUGGAUGAGCCAGACGACAAGGAGCUGUUUAACUUCCAGCUGAGCGUAGAUUGGUCUUGGAUUUGA